CCUAACAAAAAUGCAAGCAUUUCUAAAAACGGGCAAAACAACGGGCGAGAGUGUCAGCGGUUCAAACAGUGAAGUCGUUCCUACUAAACGAGCGCGACAAGCCAUACCAUGGGUGGAAAAAUACCGUCCCAGAAGCGUGGACGAUGUGGUCGAACAAGCGGAAGUGGUCGCUGUGUUACGGGAAAGUUUGUCAACGGCGGAUCUUCCUAAUCUGCUGCUGUACGGCCCCCCAGGAACGGGAAAAACCAGUACUAUCUUGGCAGCUGCCCGGCAGUUGUUCGGCGACAUGUUUAAGGAACGCAUUCUCGAGCUGAAUGCCUCGGACGAUCGGGGGAUCGCGGUGAUCCGGAAUAAGGUGAAAACGUUCGCCCAACUUACAGCCAGUGGUACACGGAUGGACGGUAAACCGUGCCCUCCGUUCAAGAUCGUCAUCCUGGACGAGGCCGAUGCUAUGACCCACGCCGCGCAGGCCGCCCUUCGUCGGACGAUGGAAAAGGAAACAAAAACGACGCGAUUCUGUCUGGUUUGCAACUACGUUUCCCGCAUCAUCGAACCGAUCACUUCUCGUUGCACGAAGUUUCGAUUUAAGCCCCUAGGCGAGGACAAGAUUGUUGAACGUCUGCGUUUUAUCUGCAAUCAAGAGCAGGUGGAUGUGGAUGAGGAUGUGUAUAAAGAUAUUGUCAACAUAUCUGGCGGUGAUAUGCGUCGAGCAAUCACAACGCUCCAAUCGUCCUAUCGUCUGAAGGGCGCGGGGGCACGCAUUGAACGCCAGGACAUAUUGGAAAUGUCGGGUGUUGUACCAGAACGCUACCUCGAGGAGUUUAUAUCGGUCUGCAAAAGCUCCAACUACAGCAAGCUGGAAGAGUACGUCCAAAACCUUUCCUACGACGCGUACAGCGUUGGUCAGCUUUUCGAACAGCUCACGGAAUACAUCAUCUACAACGAUGGCCUAACCGAAAAGCAAAAGACAUUGAUAUGUGAAAAGCUCGGUGAAUGCUGUUUCCGGUUACACGGUGGUGGAUCCGAGUACGUUCAAAUAAUGGAUCUAGGUUGUGCCACGAUCCAAGCAUUGAAGAAUCAAUAAAUUUGUCGCU